UGGCAUUAACUAUAAAGUACUAUACUAUAAAGUAUACACACUACAGAGCGCAAGUAAUUGGGGAAGAGAGAGAGAGAGAGAGAGAGAGGAGAGAGAGAGGGAGAGAGAAAUUAGAAGUAGAAAUCAGGUUAAGCAAUGCCUCGUCACGGUGGAGAAGACGAUCGCAGGAAAUCGUCUCCGUACGAUUCAUCGAGAGAUCGACGCUCGAGUCAUCACAAGCACAGAGAUCAUGGUUCGGAUGACAACGAAUUCAAGAGAAAGGAGUCGAAUCAAAACGAGGAGAAGCAUCAAUAUCAGAAGCAAGAUGGGCAGACAAGUGAAAGAUAUUACGGAGGAAGAAGCAAAAAUGAGGAUUAUGGAAGUAGAAGAAACCAGGAAUCUAGCAGGAGUUAUAAGCAUAGUGAAGAUAGAGAAAAACAGUACAAACAGAGGUCACCGAGUCGAUCAGAUGAUAGAUAUCAGAGCAAGCGGACAAGUGGCUUUGAUGUGGCUCCACCCGCUGCCUCUUCUUUGCCAAAUCCUUCAGAACAAGGAUCUGGAUUUUCCAUGGCUCCUCAAGCAAUCCCUGGAGUGCUGCAAAACAUGCUUACUUCCGAUACUUCUCAGGUUAACUAUUUAGGUUCCGCUUCAUUGUUCCCAAUGCAGGUGAUGACUCAGCAGGCUACAAGGCAUGCACGCAGAGUGUAUGUUGGUGGCCUUCCUCCGCUGGCUAAUGAGCAGACAAUAUCCAGGUUUUUCUGCCAUGUUAUGAAUGCAAUAGGUGGAAACUCUGCCGGUCCUGGUGAUGCUGUGGUGAAUGUGUACAUUAAUCAUGAAAAGAAGUUUGCAUUUGUGGAGAUGAGAACCGUAGAAGAGGCAAGUAAUGCAAUGGCACUUGAUGGAAUUGUUUUCGAGGGUGUUUCUGUCAGAGUACGAAGACCUACAGACUAUAAUCCUUCUCUUGCAGCACCACUUGGUCCAAGUCAACCUAGUCCUCUUCUUAAUUUAGCUGCUGCAGGGCUUACACCUGGAAUGGCUGGUGAAGGUGACGGAGCUGAUCGAAUCUUUCUUGGCGGGGUGCCCUACUAUUUUUCUGAAGCUCAGAUCAAAGAAUUGUUGGAGAGCUUCGGACCUUUGCGCGGGUUUGACCUUGUUAAAGAUAGAGAUACAGGAAACUCUAAAGGAUAUGGUUUCUGCAUCUACAAGGAUCCUUCUGUGACAGAUAUUGCUUGUGCUUCUCUGAAUGGCUUAAAAGUGGGUGAUAAAACACUUACUGUUAGGCGGGCUACCAUCAGUGGGCAGUUGAAAUCAGAGCAGGAGUAUAUACUAGCUCAGGCACAGCAACAUAUAGCAAUUCAGAAAAUGGCUUUGGGAGCUGGAGUGAUCAAUCUUCCAGGUGGAGGUACCGUGUCCCUAGUGAAUGUGGAGAUACCCACCAAAAUUUUGUGCUUGACCGAGGUCGUUACUACUGAUGAAUUGAUGGAUGAUGGAGAAUAUCAAGAAAUACUUGAAGAUAUGAGGGAAGAAUGCCAGAAAUUUGGGGAACUGAUUGAUAUUGUAAUUCCUCGUCCUAUUCCAAAUGUUGCACACACUGGAGGUAUUGGAAAGGUGUUUCUGGAGUACUCUGAUGCUAGUGGUUGUACCAAAGCGAAGUCAUCGCUGAGCGGCAGGAAGUUCGGAGGCAAUACUGUGAUGGCUUUGUAUUACCCAGAAGACAAAUAUUAUGCCGGGGAUUAUGCUGCCUGACUAUAAUUAGUUUAUUAAUUAAUUAAUUAAUGUUAAUUGUGAAAAUUAUUAAUGACCGGUAGUUUUAUGUAUAAUUGCUGGUAUACGUAUAGCGUGUUGCAAAAGCAGGUUGUUUUAUGGUAAGAAAAAUGUGCUCUUUAAGGUUCUUUUAUAACACGAUGAAUCUACGACUCUAUGAUAGAAGUCCUGAAGUAUUGCUAAAUUAUUUGAUUAUUAAUAUUUUUGUUAGAAAACAUUUAUAAUAUUGUAUACAUGA